CGCCCCUCCCGUCCCCGGGAGCCGGGCUGCGGUGAGUGACAGGUGCCGGAGCAGCCAGGAUGCGCUCGCCUUUCUGCCCCAAAGUCUCGCCUCUGCUGCUCCUCCUGCACGCCCUGACCGUUGCAGGUUUGGGAAUCAACGAAUAUUUAUAUUUCCAAGUCCUGAGCCCGGCAGAUAUUCGUUACAUCUUCCAGACCAACCUGGCUAAAGACUUUGGUGGCGUCUUUCAUACCCGGUACGAGCAGAUCUACCUGGUGCCCACGGACCCACCGCACGCCUGCAGUGACCUGAGCAAUGGAGCCUUUGUCCAGGACCAGAUCGCCCUGGUGGAGCGAGGGUAGGUAUAAACAGACAAUAGACAAUAGGUGCAGGAGUUGCCAUUCGGCCCUUCGAGCCAGAACCGCCUUUCAAUGUGAUCAUGGCUGAUCAUCCACAAUCAGUACCCCGUUCCUGCCUUCUCCCCAUAUCCCCUGACUCUGCUAUCUUUAAGAACCCUAUCUAGCUCUCUAUUGAAAGCAUCCAGAGAACCUCCACCGCCCUCUGAGGCAGAGAAUUCCACAGACUCACCACUCUCUUGUGAGAAAAAGUGUUUCCUCGUCUCCAUUCUAAAUGGCUUACUCCUUAUUCUUAAACUGUGUGGCCCCUGGUUCUGGACUCCCCCAACAUCGGGAACAUGUUUCCUGCCUCUAGCGUGUCCAAACCCUUAAUAGUCUUACAUGUUUCAAUGGGAUGCCCUCUCAUCCUUCUAAACUCCAGAGUGUACAAGCCCAGCCGCUCCAUUCUCUCAGCAUAUGACAGUCCCGCCAUCCCGGGAAUUAACCUUGUAAACCUACGCUGCACUCCCUCAAUAGCAAACCUAUGCUGCAAACCUACCGGCACUGCCACCACGGGUCAGGAGUUCAGGUCCCCUCUCCCACCGCACCUCAGCUCAACGGGUGGCACGGUGGCGCAGCGGUAGAGUCGCUGCCUCACAGCUCCAGAGACCCGGGUUCCAUCCUGAGCACGGGUGCUGUCUGUACGGAGUUUGCACGUUCUCCCCCGUGACCUGCGUGGGUUUUCUCCGGGCGCUCCGGUUUCACCUCCCACACUCCAAAGGCGUGCAGGUUUGUAGGUUAAUCGGCUUUAGUAAAAUUGUGAAUUGUCCCUAGUGUGUGUAGGAUAGUGUUAGCGUGCGGGGGUCGCUGGUCGGCACGGGCUGGGUGGGCUGAAGGGCCUGUUUCAGCGCUGUAUCUCGAAACUAAACCAAACUAGAUGGAUCUGGGCCAGACGAGACUAGUGUAGAUGGGACAUGUUGGUUGAUGUGGGCAAGUUGGGCCGCGAGGGCCUGUUUCCACGCUGUGUGACUAUAUGCCGCUGUAACUGUGUGUGUCCGUGUGUGUGUCCGUGUGUGUGUAUGUGUGUUUGUGUGUGUGUGUGUGUGUGUCCGUGUCUGGGUGUGUGUGUGUGUGUGUGUGUCCUCGUGUGUGUGUGUGUCCCCAUGUGUGUGUGUCUGUGUGCGUGUCUGUGUGUGUGUGUGUGUCUGUGUGCGUGUCUGUGUGUGCGUGUCUGUGUGUGUGUGUCUGUGUGUGCGUGUCUGUGUGUGCGUGUCUGUGUGUGCGUG